AUGGCUGAACUUAAAACUUUUUAUGACAAACAACAAAAGAUAUGGAGUGGACCGCGUGUAGCUCCCCUGCACAAUAUUGAGCAUCAUUCGAUUGGCAGAAUUCUUUUCGGGCAAAUGCGGCUGAAUCCACACAAUGUGCUGCAGAUUGAUGCCUUCGACAACACCCAAGCUACCAGCGGCGAACUCUUGACCUGGGGCAUACGCAUUGCUUUGCAUUUAAAAAAACUUCGCAUGCGUCAUGACGACAUUGUGGGUGUGGCUGCUCGCAAUACCCUGAAGCUCACAUCUGUGGUCUUGGGUUGCCUGUUCAAUGGCAAUCCCAUGCAUGCCGUAAAUCCCAAUUAUCAAGAAGCUGCCAUUAGCCACAGUUUUGGCAUUACCAAGCCCCAAAUUAUUUUCUGUGACGGCUGUGAUUAUGAGAAAAUUCGCAAAAUAACCGCCUCCUUUCAACCCACAAUCUACACCAUGUGUGAUCACAUUCAGGGUGUACCAACGAUAUUGGAUCUCUUGGAACCCACGAAAAUGGAACGUUUUUACCAACCUGAAAAGCAAGUCUUGGGUGGUGAUCAAACCAUUGUCAUACUAAGUUCCUCCGGCACAACAGGAUUAUCAAAAGCUGUCACCGUAUCGGCCUCAAAAAUCACCUUGGAAAAUGCUUUUUCAAAUAUCGAUGAAGUUUUCUAUACUUCGAGUGGCAUUGAUUGGGCCAGUGGCUUCAUGUCCCUCCUGCAAAACUGUUACACCGGCUGCACGCGUAUUAUCAAUCGUAAACCUUUCAAUGCUCCCGAUUUCAUAGAAAUGGUAAAGAAAUAUAAAAUCACCACCGCCAUCUUAGGUCCCAUACAAUUUGUAGAGCUACUCGAUUGCCCUGAUUUUACCUCCGAAAAUAUGGCCAGUCUUCAAUUGGUGACCAGUGGUGGUGGUUAUGUCUCCAAACAAUUGGUCGAAAGGGUACAACGUGUUCUACCCCAAUGUAUGCUGUGUAUAGCCUAUGGCCUCACCGAAACUGGUGCUGUCACCAUUAAUGUGGGUGUCCAAGAAAAUAACUCUGUGGGAAAAUUAAUACCCAACGUUCAACUGCGUAUUAUCGAUGAAGAAGGCCGCAGUUUGGGUCCAAAUCAAACUGGUGAAAUUUUGGUGAGACUACCCAACUGCUCGUGGGCGGGUUACUAUGGCAAUCCAAUUGAAACGCAGAAAAUGAUGGAUUCUCUGGGAUGGUAUCACACCGGUGAUUUGGGUUAUGUCGACGAGGAGGGCUACCUUUAUAUUGUGGAUCGUAUCAAGGAUAUUUUGAAAUAUAAUCGUAUGCAAUAUUGGCCCGGAGAGAUUGAAAACACCAUCCGAGAGUUGCCCGAUGUGGCUGAUUGUUGUGUGGUGGGGAUUUACAAUGAGCGAUAUGGUGAUGUUGCAGGAGCUUUGGUAAUGAAGAAGAGUGGCAGUCCACUGACCACCGAACAAGUUGUCGAACAUGUUCGUAAUCGUUUGCGGGAACCCCAAAAGCAGUUACACCAUGGUGCAUUUUUCGUAGAGAAAUUACCACAGAAUAUUAAUGGCAAGAUAUUGAAGCGUGAAGCGAGGGAAAUACUUAAAUCGUUUUUGGAACAAUCCUCAUCAUCAUCGGCGGCGCUUUUGUCAUCAUCAUCAUCCUUGUCAUUAGAUCGUUAA